CCUUUUGGGAAAUGCGUGGAAGGGACUCAAAGGGAAGAGCAAAUUAUUUCCCCAAGUUGAAGCUUGACUCAUAUUUAAUCUGGAUUCAAGGUCCACCUUCUGGAGCCACAGAAAACGAACUUGCUCCACCUCCCAUAUGGGAGACCUUCACCUGCUAGAAGAGAGCCAUCCCAUCUGGGCAGCUGGAGCGAUAAAAAGGCAUGCAGAGAGGUAGCAAUGAACAAGGAACACCGGGAUCAUCUUCAAAGACAGGCAAGAGCAAGCAAUGAGCAAACACGUACAAAGAGAAACCCAAAGCAGCAAGGCUUCAAAGGGCCUCCCUAGGUACAGUGCAUGCCAGUACCAUGGAAAAGUUUUUCCUGCCUCUUUUGAUGCUUGGCACCAUGGCGAAAGCUCAGCAUUGUCCUGGCCGUUGCAUCUGCCAGAACAUUUCUCCAACCCUUACCAUGCUGUGUGCCAAGACGGGCCUCCUCUUCGUGCCACCAUCCAUUGACCGCCGGACGGUGGAGCUGCGGCUGACGGACAACUUCAUCACGGUCAUCCGCCGGAAGGACUUCUCCAACAUGACCAACCUGGUGCACCUCACCCUCUCCCGCAACACCAUCAGCCAGAUCAUGCCCUUCGCCUUCUCUGACCUGCGUGCCUUACGGGCCUUGCACAUGAACAGCAACCGCUUGGCUGUCCUGAAGAAUGAGCACUUCCGAGGGCUGAGCAACCUUCGGCACCUCAUCCUCGGGAACAACCAGAUCAGCAGCAUCGAACCUUCCUCCUUUGACGAGUUCCUCUCCACCGUGGAGGACCUGGACCUCUCCUACAACAACCUGGUGACACUGCCUUGGGAGGCCGUUGGCCAAAUGGUGAGCCUCAACACUCUCACUCUCGACCACAAUCUCAUUGACCACAUCGCCGAGGGCACUUUCUCCCAGCUCCAGAAGCUUGUGAGGUUGGACAUGACUUCCAACCGGCUGCAGAAGCUGCCCCCGGACAGCCUCUUCUUGAGGGCUCAAGUGUUGGCCAACGCCCGUGGCACUCACCCUUCUACCUUGACCAUCAGCUUUGGGGGCAACCCCUUGCACUGCAACUGUGAGCUUCUCUGGCUCCGGAGGCUCACCCGAGAGGACGACCUGGAGACCUGUGCCUCCCCAGAGCACCUAAUGGACAAGUAUUUCUGGUCGAUCCCUGAGGAAGAGUUUAUCUGCGAACCUCCCCUCAUCACCCGCCAAUACUCUAGCAAGUCCUUCAUUAUGGAAGGGCAAAGUGUGAGCCUCAAGUGUAAAGCAGUGGGUGACCCAGAGCCUUCCAUCCACUGGAUCGCACCCGACGGCAAGCUGAUCCACAACACCACGCGGUUGACGGUCUACGACAAUGGCACGCUGGAUGUCCUCAUCACAACUCUGAAGGACAAUGGCAUCUUCACCUGCAUCGCCUCCAACGCUGCUGGAGAGGCCACCGCCCAGGUGGAAAUCUGCAUCGUCCCCCUCCCCUUGCUGGUGAACAACACUGGCCACAUGAAAGAGCCUGACCCGGGCUCCUCGGACAUCACCACCUCCAUGAAGUCAGGCGCCAACGACACCAAGAACCACCUCGACAAGAGGAUCGUCGCAGCCGACCUGACGUCCACCUCAGUGGUCAUCCACUGGCCCUCCGAGCGCCACAUCCCUGGCAUCCGUAUGUACCAGAUCCAGUACAACAGCUCCCUGGAUGACUCUUUGGUUUACAGGUGA